AUGCGAGAUGCAAGCGCUGCAGCCACCGGGACGCUUGUCCCAUGGGUCAGCCAGACGGCGACAAACCGGUUCAGUUGGAUCGUCAUGUGCAACCUCCCUUUCUCUUUUUGCGAGUCGGAAGAGACGCGAAGGUUUACUAACUUACCGCCGAUCUGCGUCGAGACGCUCUAUGGUGACAUGGAGAGCGUCGUGAAGGCCGUCGAGAAGUCCAUCGGCGAGGAGAUGCCCAAGUCGUUCGGCCUCGUCAUCGACGGCUGGACCCAUGGCACCGAGCACUUCCUAGCUGUGUAUGCAUGCUAA